AUGAAAUACCAGUUAUUUAUUGCCCUCAUUGUUUUGUUGAAUGUUUGCUUUAGCUACCUUAUAAAGAAGAAGAAUAUUAUUAUAAAUAAUAAUGAUAAUUUUUAUAUUUGUAAUUUUGUAAAAGAUAAAAAAGGAAGAAGAAAAUAUAAUAAUAACUAUAAUAAGAAAACUCUCAAUGGAAUAAAAAGUAUUGUUAAUUCAGGAUGUGUAAAUCAAGAUGUUAUGAGAAAUGUUGAUGAGGCUUAUGAGGGAAAGAAAAAUUUAAUAGAAGGGAAUGAUUUGCAAAAAAAAUUCUUACAAGCAUCAAAAGAAGAUGAUUAUAAUUAUUUAUAUUUUUAUCAUAUAUAUAAAAAAAUGAAAUUAAUAAAAAGAGAAAAAUAUAUAUAUAACCCAACAAAAUAUGAAUCGGUACGAUCAUAUAUAAAAAGAGAAUUAAAAGAUUGUUUAGAUGUAAAUACAUCAGCUUAUAUUUUUAAACUUUCUGAAUUUUAUUCAAAAAAUGUAUUAGAAGUAUCUGUUUAUGUUAAUGAAAUAAUAAAUAUUCUUAGUUUUUUUACUUUUAAUAGUGAACAUAAUUUGAAAUAUAAUGAAAAGGAGGAAAAUCAAAACACAACAAAUGACAUAUUAGAUUAUAAUAAGAAAUAUGUUAGUGAUGACAUGGAUGAUAAUGCUAUUCAUAGUACUCAAAAUAAUUCUUUGAAUAAUCAAAAUAAAGCAGACACGUUAGUAUAUGAUACUACUACAAUUAAGGAUUCUAACAAUAAUAAUGAUGAUGAUGAUGAUGAUGAUGAAAAUUAUAAUUAUGUAAGUGAUAAUAUAGAGGAUGAGCAUAUACAUACAGACGACAAUAAAGAUCAUUCAGAUAUCUAUCCAGAUAAUAAAAUAUUGUUAGAAGAUGAUAAGAAAAAAAUUUCAAAUGAAAAAAAUUUUUAUGACCAGGAAAAAAUAAAUAGUAUAAUUGAAAAGACAAAAGAACAAAACAAUUGCAAUGAACAGAAUUUAAAUGAUGAUGAUAAUAUUUUUAAAAAAUAUAAUGAAAAUCAAUCGAAAAUGAAAUUUAGUAAAUUAAUUAAUAAAGAUGAAAAAUAUAAAUCAUUUUGCUUUUAUUUUAUUCGACUAGUUGAUUCAAUUAGUGGACUUUUUUGUACUAUUGCAAAAAGAAAGAAACGGGAAGAAAUUUUGAACUUUUUAAAAAAUUUAAAAAUUAUGCAAAAUAUUAAAAACUAUAAUAUAAAUAAUUUACAUUUCGAUACUAAUUUUAUGAUUUAUAUUAUCAGAUUAACAAAAUAUAAAGAUAUGAAUUUUCUUUGCUCCUUAAAAAAAUUAAAAGAAUAUAAAACUGAAGAUAUAAAAAAAAUAUUCCUUAAUUGCUUAUAUGAUAAUUUACUCGAUCUAUAUUAUUUAAAAAAUCUACAAGACGAUUUUAUCAAAAGGGAAAAUGAAAAAAAAAAAAAAAAAAACGCCUUAACAAGUCAGGUAUUUUCAAAUUCUUUUCACACGAUUAAUAAAAAUGGAACAGAUGAUAAUACAUAUGUUACUACAAAUAUUAAAUAUGAGAAUUUAAGAAAAAUAGAAGAACAAUAUAAUGAUUUAUUAAAACAGUAUUCCCAUGAAAAAAUUAUUAAAAAUAAUGAAAUCAUUUAUAAUGAAAAUGAUUUGAAAAAUAUUAUAAUACAAAUUUUCAAUAAAGAUAUUUUUAAAAAUAAGAAAAAAAUAAUAAAUAAUAUGAACAAUGGUACUAAUAAAAAUUUGGCUAGUCAAAGUGGGAAUAAUAAAAAAAAAAAAAAAAAAAUAGCUACAAGUACAACAAACAUGAAUAAUAUUUCUCUAAUUGAUAUAUUUGAAAUAACAGAGGACAAAUUAUAUGACAUUUUGAAAAAUUAUCCACAUUUAGAAAUAAAUAAUAAUAAUAAUAAUAUUAAGAUGCUAAUAAAAAAAAUGAAUAAAUUACUUGAAUCAUACAAUAUUAAUAUAAAUAUUCAUUUGGUCAAAAAGGACGAAAUGUGUGUGCAAGAACAUAACACUCUUCCAUAUUCUAAUGAAAAUAAAAUUGAAGAGCAAAACAAAAUAAGUGAUGAAAAUAAAAUAAAUGAAAAAAAAAACAAAAACAUUGAAAAUAAGGAAGAAUAUAAGAACACUGAACCAUCUAAUGUAAAGAAUGUAAAUUUUAGUAAUGUUUCCUUGUCAGAUAUUAAAAAAUAUAUAUCUUACAAAAGGAGCAUAGAAGAACAAUUUAGGGAUUAUCAAGUUGAUGAAUUAAAAUUAAAUAAUAUAAAAGAAGAAGAGCAAAAUAAAAAAUUGGAUAGUGAAACAAUAAAUGUUAAAUUAAAUGAAAUUAAUAACAACAAAUUAGAGAACAACGUAGAGUUGGAAAAUGAACACAUAAAUGUUCAAAGUGAAAAUUAUAAGACUAAUCAAAAAGAUGAAGCAGAUGUAUUUAAAUAUUUUGAUAUUACGGAAAAACAAAAUUAUAUAACUUUUGAAUUUAAUAAUUAUAUUUUAGAACACCAAGCAUUAUUAAAUGAAAAACAUAAUCAACAAUUAGCAGAGGGUGGCAAUAUAAAAGAUACUCCCAGUUAUUGUUAUGAACCUAAUGAGAAAUUGACAGAUGAACAAAUGGAAGAAAUUUUGAAAAAACAUUUUCCGGAAAAUACAGAGGAUGCAGGAAAUAAUAAUAUGGAAGUGCAAAAUGGUAUAUCCGGUGGUGAAAAUAGUAUGUCAGAUGAUAAGACGGAAGAAUUACAUGAUGAGACGGAAGAAUUAUAUGAUGAGACGGAAGAAUUACAUGAUGAGACGGAAGAAUUAUAUGAUGAGACGGAGGAAUUACAUGAUAAAACUGACGUAUCACAUGAUAAAACGGACGUAUCACAUGAUAAAACGGACGUAUCACAUGAUAAAACUGACGUAUCACAUGAUAAAACUGACGUAUCACAUGAUAAAACUGACGUAUCACAUGAUAAAACUGACGUAUCACAUGAUAAAACGGAUGUAUUACAUGAUGCAAAUGAUGACAUUGAUUUAGAAGGUAACCUUAUAGAUGACGAUUUUUCAGAUGAUAACAUUUCAGAAGACGACGCCCCUAGAAGAAAAAAAGAAAAAAUUAAAGAAAACAAGGAAAUCGAAAAAUUAAAAUCGUGGUUCGAUAACAUAGAUAAUAAAAAGUAUAAAUACAAUUUCGAAAAUAUUUAUUAUAAAACAUUAGAGGAAAAGAUGGAGGCAUUAUUAUAUAUUUUAAAAAAUGAGAAGACUAAAAAAAAGGUAAUUGUAUGCUCUGCUGAUGAAGAAAAGAAAUUAAUAAAAAUGAAAUGUCAAAUUGAAAAUGUGGAAUACGAUUAUAUGUUAAAUAAUUUAAAGAAUAUUAAACAUUUUAUAAACAAAGAAAAUAAUUAUCAUGAAGCAUGUUUUAUUUUUAUGAAAGAAAUUGAAAAUACUUUAGAGUUAAGAAAAAUAUGUACAAAUUUGUCAGAACAAGAUAAUAUGAAUAAUAAGGAAAAUAAGAAUAAUAAGGAUCAUAAGAAUAAUCAGAAUGACAAAAAUAUUAUGAACCGUGAUAAUAUGACCUUUUAUCAUUUUUCUGAAAAUGUUCCUAAAUCUAUUGUAUACAAAAAGCUUUUUUAUUCUAUUACAAAUAAUGAAGACAGUUAUUUAUUUUAUUUAAAGUCUAAAAAUAAAAAUGUUAAAAAGGAAGAUGAUAGAAAAAAAGGAGCAAAAGGUAAUACAAAAUAUCCGAAAUCGAAUGGUAGCAAUAAUAAUAUAUUUGUACCUUAUCAUAAAAGAAUAAAGAAAAAAAAAUUAACAAAAAAUGAAGAGAAAUGGUUAGAUUUUAGAAGAAGGACGUUAAAAAAAAUUGAUGAAAUGAAAAAAAAAGCUGAAUUGUUGAAAAAGAAAAAAGCACAAAAAAGGGAUAACAAAAUUAAAAAAAUUGUAGCAAAGUUGAAAGCCAAAAACAAAAAAAUAUUAAAAAAGUGA